AUGGACUCAUCCAGUAGAAGAUCGCAAACCUCUUUGAGGAGCAAUCGUGGAAAUGGAGGGAGACGGCCCACGAUCACACACCUGGAGCAGAACAAGAAGGACGGCAUUUCCCUCAAACGAGCAGAUAUAGAGGCGGCAUUCGCCUUCUUUGAUGUGCAAAACAAAAAAGAACUGAAACCACGUGAUCUUAAGAUGCGACUCUCUGCCUUUUAUCCUGGUAUGACAAAUAAAGAAUUCAAGUUCCUCCUUGAUGAGACCACAAAUGGUAGCUUUACAGUAGAUUCCUUAUGGAAUAUCAUUGAAAAUUUUCACGGCCUACACACAUCAGCGGCGGAAAGUCUUAGGUUUGAUCCUGUAAAGGAAGCUUUCCAUAUUUAUGACCCGAAUGGUCAAGGAGUUGUGGAUGUUGAGGCACUUGCUGGUAUUAUGAAGCGUAUUGGGCUAGGCGAACUCUCUCGUGAGGAGAUGGAUCUACUCAUUCAAACUGCAGACUUUGAUAAAGAUGGAAAAAUUAAUCUUGAGGAUUUUCGAAACCUUCUGAGGAUUGGAAGGUAG